UGACUGACCACUCAGGUUCUUCAGGUCAGCCUUCGUUUUCUACUGGUGGAGACAUGCUGAACUUUCUGGUUCAGAUGGGUGACAUCGGCGCUCCUGACGGCCUGUUGGCCACAUGGUAUCACCGAGCCAACACCAAAGAAGAAAUGACUCAGGCUCUAGCAAGUGAUGCCAUGAUACUGGAGGCCGAUGUCACUGUCGAAGGUUAUGGGACAGCUUUAGAGAAGCCUAUCCCCAUCAUGGCCCAUCCUCCUCACAUCUAUAGUGACAACACUCUGGACCAAUGGCUGGAUUCUGUGCUCAACUCCAGAAAAGGCAUCAAGUUGGACUUCAAGGCUAUAGAGUCAGUUGGUGUGUCACUGGAUCUACUGAAUGCAAAGAACAGAAGUAAAGGAAUAAACAGACCUUUGUGGCUCAAUGCAGACAUUGUCAGAGGUCCCGGUGCAAAACUCCUGCAGCCAGUCAAUGGAACCAGAUUUUUGCAGCUGAUUCAGGAAACAUUUCCAGAUGUGACUCUGUCUCCUGGAUGGAAGGUCAUCUAUCUUCCUCCACCGUUGACUGAAACCUACACCAGAUCUAUGGUGGUAGACAUGUAUGACAUGAUUAAGGAUGUCAGACAGAGGGUGACGUUCCCAGUCCAUGCGCUGUUGGUGAGAAGCAGCUGGCAACACCUCAGCUGGCUCCUUAGUCAGUCACCACGGUUCAGUCUGACCUUGUGGCAGGGUUCAGUUCACCCAAGCAUCAGUGACCUGCUGUUUGUCCGAGACAAUACUCACCCUGCCAGAGUCUAUUACGACAUAUAUGAACCGACACUGUCAGCAUUUAAGACUGCAGCAAAGAAGCAAGGCCGUCUGAGGAGUUUCUAUCCUGGGGGAGAUCUGAUGGACUUUUUCUAUCCUUCUUAUCAAUCUGACAGCUUGCUGCCUGAGCACAUAAACCAAAGCAGUCUGAGUGUCCAAUGGUUCACUGUCACUGAUCGAGCAUCCACAUUAGCUAAACUUUCAGAUAGUGCUGGUGGUAUGUUGGUGGUUCGGGUGAUUUCUGACCAUCAGCAAUUUGGAGUCCCUCUGAUGGAAGCUUCUGGAAGGAGCCCAGAGCUGCUCACACUGCAGGAUGUCCUGCAGCUGCUUGGUGGGACGGCUCAUUCUGCUUGGGGACUUUACUUGCGGGUUCAGACUCAGCAGGUCCUGGAAUCUUCUCUCAAGCUGCUGCAUUCAGCCUAUACCCAAGAAAAGCUCUACAGGCCAGUUUGGAUCAGUAUGGACCAUUUCCAGGGCAGCAACACCACAGAGGAGUUUGUGUCCACAGUCGAGAGGCUUUUCCCUUACGUCACCCUCGUCCUGACAGCAGAUGUGUGGCCUCCUCUGAACCCUGCAGCCUUUCAAAGCUUGUCUCAACGAGUGGCUCUACAUCUAAAUGCAGAUUUACUGCUGACAAAACGAGAGGAGCUUGACUCUCUGAUGGGAAUGAUGGCCAGAUAUGAUCUUAUCAUGGAGAAAGACCGAACAGAGCAGGAAACAAAGAGCCAUGAAGUCAUCUUAAAGACAUUGAUGAUGACACGCAAGAAGAAAACAAAUACAAAUUUGUAUGUCAUAUCUGACCAAUCUGCAGCCAGCUGACUCCCACCUCGAGGCCACUGAUAAGAGUCCUGGAUCUGGGAUUUUAAUUGUAUACAUUACUAAUAAUAAAUACACGUAACGCAUGACGCCUAAAUGAUACUGACAGGAAUGUUUGAUGCUGCAGUAAAAAAAGUCA